UUACGCCACAGGUUAUCAUUCCUCCUUCCUUCCCUGAGCUAAAAGUGGAUGGUCAAAACCCUGCUUGCUUGUUCAUUGGGUUGUGCUCUACUAACGCUGCUCUGCGUCUCCUUUGUCCUUGAAAAAUGGCCUCUACAUUCUUCAGGAGAAUGGCGAAAGCUGUUCCAAUAGGAUUUCGGGGGCAACACAAGUCCAAUUACGGUGCGUUUCGCAUUCCUUUUGGAGCAAUUGCAGCAGUUUCUGGUGGAAUCUCCUAUGUGUACUACUACUCGUCUCCAAACUUGGCUCAUCUUGACCAAGUCAAAGAAGAUACUUUUCCAAAAGUUGCUCUUAAACCAGAUAAGUGGAUUGAAUUUAAGUUACAAGACACUGCAAGAGUUAGCCAUAAUACUCAAUUAUUCAGGUUCUCAUUUGAUCCCUCUGCCAAGUUGGGUUUGGACAUUGCCUCAUGCAUCCUUACAAGGGCUCCAUUAGGACAAGAUGCUGAAGGAAAAACAAAAUAUGUCAUACGCCCGUAUACUCCUAUAUCAGACCCAGAUGCCAAGGGAUAUUUUGACUUAUUAAUUAAGGUUUAUCCUGAGGGCAAAAUGAGUCAGCAUUUUGCCAGCUUAAAGCCUGAUGAUGUUGUUGAAGUUAAAGGGCCCAUUGAAAAGCUUAGAUAUUCUCCCAAUAUGAAGAAACACAUUGGCAUGAUUGCAGGUGGAACAGGCAUUACUCCAAUGCUUCAAGUAAUUGAGGCUAUCCUUAAGAAUCCCGAUGACAACACUAAGGUUUCCUUGCUUUAUGCCAAUAUCUCCCCUGAUGACAUCCUACUUAAACAGAAGCUUGACUUCCUUGCUACUAGCCACCCAAAUUUAAAGGUAUUCUACACAGUAGACAAUCCAUCAAAGAACUGGAAAGGAGGAACAGGAUACAUAUCAAAGGAUAUGGUUGUGAAAGGCUUACCUGGUCCUAGCGAUGAUACACUUAUCCUGGUAUGUGGGCCCCCUGGAAUGAUGAAGCACAUAUCUGGUGAUAAGGCUAAAGACUACUCGCAGGGAGAGCUCACUGGCAUACUCAAAGAUCUCGGAUAUACUGAGCAAAUGGUUUACAAAUUUUAAUAGAGACAUUUAAGCAUGUUAUUAUCAAAUUUUGAAUAAGGCAAAAGGCUUUCUUUGCCCUUUGAGUAUCUCUAAAAUGUCCUUUAGAGUCAAAUAAGUCAUUUAACUGUGUCCAAAUAAAUUUUAUAUUUUUUAAUUUUAAUCCAAUUAAGUUUAAUUUA